CUGUUUACAGGAAACAUGGCUUCCCUGUCUGGGGAGCUGCAAGAAAUGGAAGUCGACCGAAGGGGAGAGUCUGAAGAGUCCGGUGAUGAUGAGACCCGGAGGAGAAGUAUCAAUGGUGAUAUGGAUCCCAACCAGCCCUCUACCACAAGUAAGGAAGAGUCUCCUGUUGAUAUGGACACCAUAACCUUGAACCCAGAGGAAGAGGAUGUUGAUCUUGUUCAUUGUCGUAUUGGAAAGAUUGAGGGGCUAGAGGUGCUACAGAAGGCUAAAACUCUCUCUUUACGACAGAAUCUCAUCACAAAGAUAGAAAACCUCGACAGUUUGAGCUCCCUGCGGGAACUUGACCUCUAUGACAAUCAUAUCCGGAAACUGGAGAACCUGCACAGCCUCACAGAGUUGGAGCAGCUUGACGUGUCCUUCAACAUUAUAAGGAAGGUGGAAGGUUUGGAGACGUUGAAUCAACUGAAGAAAUUAUUUUUGCUUCACAACAAAAUUAGCCACAUUUCCAACCUUGACCACUUGACAGGCCUGGAGAUGCUGGAGCUGGGCUCCAACCGCAUCCGGGUCAUAGAGAAUCUGGAUUCACUCACCUCUUUGCAAAGUUUGUUCCUUGGCAGAAAUAAAAUAACAAAGCUCCAAAAUCUGGAGGGUUUACACAAUCUGACAGUUUUAAGCAUUCAGAGUAACCGCAUCACUAAAAUCGAGGGCCUACAGAACCUUAUGAGCCUGCGAGAGCUCUACCUGAGCCACAAUGGCAUUGAGGUCAUCGAGGGCUUGGAGAACAAUAAAAAACUCACAACCUUGGACAUCGCGGCUAAUCGAGUAAAGAAAAUUGAAAACAUCAGCCAUCUGACAGAGCUGCAGGAAUUCUGGAUGAACGAUAAUCAGAUCGAUAACUGGUCAGACCUUGACGAGCUGAAGAAUGCCAAAUCUCUGGAAACAGUCUAUCUGGAAAGAAACCCUCUACAGAAGGAUCCACAGUACCGGCGAAAGAUCAUGCUGGCGCUGCCCAGCGUACGUCAGAUCGAUGCCACCUUCAUUCGCUUCUAAACUGCAGUGCAUAUAACAUCUGCCAAAUUCAGUGUUGUCCCAAUCCACCUUCUCUGCACACAGAUUUUUAACUUUUCAACCUUACAGAGUAAUAAUAAAUAAAUAAAAAAUUUCACUGCAUAUGCUCACAAAUCUAUGCCGGCAUUCUAAUUUUGGACUCACUCACGGCUCACUGAACACGUGUAUGCAUGCACGCAUUCUCUCUCACUUUGCUGUUGUCUAAAAACAUUUAUUAAGAUGGAUAUGAAGUCCAAGUAUCUUACUCUCAUUUUCCAUCUGUACUUCUUAUUUGCUUUAUUGUUUUGCAUGUAGAGAUUUAUUCUGUCCUCAUCCAGGCAGUGCUGGUUACAAAAAUAACAAGACUUAUUUGUUACAGCAUUCGUGUUGCAAAUCAGUACGAGAGGAACACAUCUGCAUUUUUAUUGUUUGAGAGAUUUUUGGGGUUUACUCCUUUAAUUGGUCACGUGACUUCACAUGUACAUGUGCGCCAUGACCAUUUUUUUUAAAACAAGGAAACUUUACAUUGUUCAAAAUGUUGUAGAUGAAUUUGGGUUCUUUUUGAACGGCACUGAAAAACGUUGAGUGAAAUUUACUAAGUGUUUGCAUAAAUUUCUAUACAGAAAUUCUCAGUAAAUUUUAUAGUAUGUUCUCUUGGUUUUGUGAGUAAAUGUUACUUAUUUUUAGUAAAUUGUAGUUCGGAACUCUUAUUCAAUAAAUGAGGAGUUGGUGGUUCAAUUCCCAUUUGUGUACACAAAUGUCCCUGAUUAAUAGAAAGGAGGUAAAGAAAGUGUGAAGCAUCACCAAACAACAUUUGGAUUUGCAACAUCAUUAGAUUUGCAACCAUUUUUUGUUUAGCUGUAUUUGGUAAUGGCAACAUUUAUGAACAAAAUCAACAAAAUACCUUGUUAUAUUUAUUUACAAUUUCUGUGUGGAAAUUGUUGCCAGCAUAUUUUAAAGUAAAUUUGACUUCGCAUUUUAUUAACGUGUACCCCACUUUUCACUCCCUAUGAAUAUGCUUUAUUCAGCACCACACAGAUUCAGUCAGAAAUGUAUAUUUUGUAAACUAUCCAGCAACAGCCUCUUUUUCUCUUGUUUUUCUCCUUGUUUAGAUACCUUCAUUUAGAAUUAAAUAAUAGUUUUUUAAGUGCCCCCUCCCCCCGCUUUAUUGUUAAACCUUGACUAAAUUACUAAUAUCCUUUUUUUAAGCUUUUAGCAACACCAAACUUAGGCUUUGGAAAUGAAGUAAAUUGUAACUAAACUGACAAGCUCAUUUCAAGCUACAUGUAACCUCAACCACACCUGCUCCUAAUUUCCAUCAUCCAGAAGUGGUGGAGUUAAGCAGGUCACAGUUGUGCAAUAUUAAGUUUUAAAUCACCUUUGGCUUGAUGUGUAUUAAAUUUCAGUGAAAUUUUAACCAUCGUGUCCUCACUAUGGUUAAAAUGUACUUUUACAAAUUGAAAAGGUACAACACGAUAGCUUAUACUGUUUGUGAUUUAUUGCGUUAAACUUAGAGGUGAUAACUCUGUCAUUGGCAUUCAUUCACUCACUGUAUUGUACAGGGUACAUGCCUCGGCUUUGGGAAAGCCUGGGAAUUUAUGGCAGAACUGACGAGCAAAUACACUACAUUCUGUAUUCCCAUUUAUCUUUCAGUGUCGCUUAAAUAAGAGUGCUGUUAGUGCAUUCUUUGCUACAAUGUCAUAGCUUCUUAACUGCUAAGGUGACAACACUGAACAUAAAACUAGCCUGUUCUUACAGUUUAUUGUUUAUUUUUCAUAUACUUUAUUUUAUUAUUUUAAUUAGAGAUGUAUCUUUUGUGUAAGAAUUGUUUCCCUCAGGGCUAAAUGGUCAGAGUACCUUUCAGUGUGUCAUAUUUCAUUGCAUUGCUUGAUUUGUGGGGAAAAUAUUAAACUUUUCCAGCAUAUAAUUCUUAAUUUAUUGUGAUCCUUCAACAUUAUUACAACAUUAGUUGGAUGCAGGAACAUACUGUAGUGUUGCAGCUUAUUUUGUAUAUUUUGUCUUAAGAUGAUACUUGAUCAUCGUUCACAGGCAUUAGUUGUAUGCCUUAUUUUUCAAAAUUAUUUAUGGUUGGCCAUCGAGACCACAAGUCAGCUGCAGGAUUAUAUAAAACCAGUAAUUUUAGGAUGUGUUUACAUCAAAUGAAGUUGAUUAUGGAUUAUAAAUGUGAAUGUAAUGCUGUUUAUCAUGCAGCAUGAACUAAAAGUGAACAGAGUGAGCGAGAGUGGUUGGAAGCGUGUAAAUACAGUUUUGUCUACAGUCACAGCUGUCAUCUUGUAAAGUAAAACCCAGAAAUGCAUUCUUUCUUUUUCCCCCCUUUUGUUUAAAUUAGACAAUGUAAUGUGUUUUCUGCAAGAUACCAUGAUUGCUAAUAUGACCUUUGCCCUUGGCCACUGUAGAUCCCCAAUGAGUAUUUUGAUUGAUUGCAGUUAGCUAAUUAUUGUAGAUGUAAGAGUUCAGGUUUUGGACUUGGUUGACUAUUUUCAAAAUGAAUGUAUAAUGCAAAUAAUAAAAUUAUACUACAUAAAAUA